UUUUCUUGAGCACGGCCCCGAAGCCCUACCUUUCCGCGAACCUUGGUUCCCCAGAGACUCUUCAUCUUCGCAAACUCCGUCUCUUCUCAGCGGCAGUUUCUUUGCUAGCCUAAGGCCAGGUCUUACCCGUACACCGCGGGGUUCAAGAAGACCUAACACUACUGCGACUCGCUGAGGGCCGGCUCUGGGUCGGCCCCAGCUCUACUCUCUAUACCUGUUUCUCUACUCGUACGGUGAGAUACCUCGCCUUACUGAGGGCUCCCCUUACCUGGCAGUGCCGGUUCCAAAGGUUAAAUUGUGAGGGGAGGUCCUGGCCCUCGGCCCCUCCACCUGUUGCCCCCGAUCCGAGAGCCCAGGUCCCGGAUCCCCGUCUCACAGUCCAUCCUGUCCCUGGUGUGAGGUGUUUGGAAACGCGAGUUCCCCACCCCACCUUGCCGCCCCAGGAUCAGUGUUUCCGGCGACACCUGGGCGCCGUCACCAGCUCUCUCUUCCGGGGCCGGAACUAUCGUACCAGAGUCCACGUUUCCCGGCCGGUAGGGUGAGGAGGAAGCAGAGGCAGGACCGCGCUCACCACUACGAAAAGGAAGGGGGCGGGCUCUGCGCGCAGCAUUUUGGGAACGCGUGGUAUUCUGGGAGCGCGGGACCCGCCAUUCCUUGGCUCACACCUUCGCAGUUGCUCGAGUUGCUGCCGCACGGGAAAGGAAGAGUAGGCCGGAGCCGGUGAGAACUGUUUUCCUGCCAAGAUGUCUAUUGGUGUGCCGAUUAAAGUCCUACACGAGGCUGAGGGUCACAUUGUGACAUGUGAGACAAACACCGGCGAGGUGUAUCGUGGGAAGCUCAUUGAGGCGGAGGACAACAUGAACUGCCAGAUGUCCAACAUCACAGUCACAUACAGAGACGGCCGAGUGGCACAGCUGGAGCAGGUGUACAUCCGUGGCAGCAAGAUCCGCUUUCUCAUUUUGCCUGACAUGCUGAAAAAUGCGCCCAUGUUAAAGAGCAUGAAAAAUAAAAACCAAGGCUCAGGGGCUGGCCGGGGAAAAGCUGCUAUUCUGAAGGCCCAAGUGGCUGCAAGAGGAAGAGGACGUGGAAUGGGGCGUGGAAACAUCUUCCAGAAGCGAAGAUAAAUUUAUCUGUUGAACUGAACUUUGUCGUUAUUUUUUCCCUUAGGUUGUCUGGGUUCAGGGGGGUGUAUGCUUAUGUAUAUGUUCUAGGUUUUCUUUUGACAUCUUUCUCUUUAGAGCAAAGGAAAUGUUAAACUAAAUAAAUAUGGUGGUGAUUGUU